AUGGCGUCGGCAGAGUACAUGACAGACGUGCCAAAGCUGGUGUCUCAUAUCAAGACUCUGACAGUUCCCCAACUGAAGGAGCUGCUCCGAUCUGAAGGACUGGCAGUCUCCGGCGUAAAGGCGUCUUUACAGCUGCGCAUCAUUGACUAUCUUGAUCGUCUCGCUGCCUCGGAAGGCAAUGGGGUUCGCUUCGAUGCUCUAAAAGCGCGCAUUUUCCAGAUCACAAUACCCGGAGCGUCGACGUUUCAGGCCUCGUCGCCAGGCUACCAACUCCCUCAUCCACCUACGGCGCCGUCAACACCUUCGCAACCUCGCCCGCACCCGAUGGGGGCGGGCCCUACACUUGCCAGUGGCGGACCUGGUCGUCUUUCCUUCAAAGAAAGCCCAUUUUACACUGUCAUAAUGCCCCUCACUCCCGUGAUGGAAUGCAAAGUUCGGGAGCAAACUAGGGAUAGCGUUGAACUGAAGAUUUCUCUCAAUAUGACCACAGCAACCGAGUUGCAAAAUGACCCGAAUCUUAGAGUGAUGGUCUACUGCGCGGCCGACUUUGGACUGAAACAAUACACCAAAUCCGAUAUUGCUUUCCCGCACCAAGUGGAGCUUAAGGCCAACCUUGAUGAGGUCAAAGCGAAUCUUCGUGGGCUCAAAAAUCGACCCGGCACGACUCAGCCGGCGGACGUCACGAGUCAUCUUCGUAAGAAGGCAAAUUACCCCAAUAAUGUGGUCAUGACUUAUGCAUUGACGAAUAAGAAAUUCUUCGUGGUUGCGAAUCUUGUCCGCCAACAUCCUGUAGAUGAGCUUGUUGUGGAACUCAAAUCUCGGAAAAUCAUUCCCAAGGAACAGGUCAUCCGCGAGAUGAAAAAUCGUGCCGACGACAGUGAUAUUGUUGCGACGUCUAGUAUAAUGUCGCUCAAGUGUCCUCUUUCGACGUUACGGAUUCAAGUCCCGUGUCGGUCCAUUGUGUGCACUCACAAUCAAUGCUUUGAUGCAGCCUCCUUCCUGGAGUUGCAAAAGCAGGCCCCAACAUGGACUUGUCCGGUGUGUUCCAAAUCUACGAGCUUCGAAUCUCUGCAGGUCGACCAGUACGUCAGCGACAUACUCGAUUCAACAUCGCGAGACACCGAGUCUGUUGUGGUUGAACCAAAUGGAACCUGGUCUGCGCCCAAUGAGCAUGAUUCGGUGCACCUCGGUGGACGUACUCCCACGAGCGAUGACGACGGUGAGGACGAUCUGAUCGAGAUCGCAGAACCGGGUGCGUCUUCUGUCAAGCGAGAACCCAGUACCUCGAAUGUCAUGGUGGAACGUACGCCAGCUCAAUCAAAAUCUCGCGAGGCAUCCACACCCACCUCGGCGAUACGCUUCUCAAGUAAAAAGCGGCCAGCUGCGCCGGUCAUUGAUCUCACGGGAAGUGACGACGAGGACGAUGAGUCUCCGAUGCCACCUGUGAAACGUCCAACGUUAAAUCUCGGUAUACGUGGGUUAUCGUCGCAUGAGUCUCACCAGCCUCAGAUCCAUAGCCCACUCAACGACCGCGCCUUUCCACCGCCGUAUUAG